CCUUGUCUUCUGCUGCCUUUAGCCACAAUGGGUGACGCAAUGGUGGGUACCUGGACGCUCCCAGAGAACAUUGAUGAUAUUGACAAGUUCUUGGAGGAAAUUGGGGUGAGUUUUAUGUUACGACAAGCUAGAAGACACUUGAAGCCUGAUGUGAUCAUCUCUGAAAAUAAAGAUCAGUGGUCAAUAAAAACAUUGAGCACCUCUAAGAACACAGAGCUGAAGUUCAAAUUGAAUGAAGAGUUUGAUGAAAUCACUGCAGAAGGCAGAAAGGUUAAGACAAAAAUGACAUUUGAAAAUGGAGUAUUAAUACAAAAGCAAACAUGGGAUGGCAAAGAAUCUACAAUCACAAGAGAAGUGAAAGAUGGCCGCCUGAUAACAACCUGCAUUAUCGGUGAUGUGAAAUGCGUACGGAUCUACAACAAAAAAUGAGCUCUUCAGCGCGUAUAAUUCGUACUGUAAAUGUAAGCUCAGUACACUGGUCCCGAGCCCCUUGGCUGGCAUCAAAGCUUAUGUGAUAUCUUGUGGUCAUAUAUGAUACGUAUACAAUAAAGCUUUUGUUCU